AUGGGAAAACUGAAAAGAUCAACUUUUUUAAACUACGCAGACCGCUUAAGCAAUGUCAGAGAAGUUAGACUUGUUGAUGUCACUCCAGAUGGCCGAAGCGAUAGAGCUACAUUCAGCCCACAAGGAUUCCCUAAUGGUAAAGUCGUCUAUGAUUUUUCAAUCACCCCUAUCGAUCAGGAAUUGAAAUUCCUACACGACUUAGAGCCAUGGCGCCAGGUCUUUUGUGUAUUUGCGCUGACCACCUUCAGCUAUAAAAUGACAUUAAAAGAUUAUGAAAAUAAAGUCCUUGAACUUAGAAAAAAAUACCCAGGUCCUGUGAUUCACAAAUUAUUGAUCUUUGGAGUUCCCGGUGCAGACCUGUUGCAGGGUUCAAAAAACGUUAUACCCGUUCUUUCCUCUCGUUUAGCACCUAUCACUAGCUUAGGGACGGUUAUGUGCGAUAUUACUACAGAUUUUUUGGCAGAACUUGCUGUUUUAGCAAUUACUAGAGAAAUGGGUUCUUUUAAAUCUCCUGGAUUGAUGGAACUUGAACAUCCAGUUUCUCGUUUUCAAGACGGGAAGUCUUAUAAUGGAGGCUUUACUAAUGGUUCUCAAAGUAAUGGUUCUCAGAGCAUAUCACAUUCUCCAGCAGGUAGCUUUAGUUCAAUCACUUCAUCGCGCAUUAAAUCUGGCUCAAUUUCUAUAGGAUUAAACGAUCGUUCUAAAGCAAAGCAGUAUGGCCGAAGUAAAAAAUAUUUGGCCGGGUUGUAUCUUAUUACAGGUAGAUGGCAGGAUGCCUUACGAGAAUUUAGCGAGGCAGCAUCUAGCUUGAAAACUGCUCACGAUCAUUUGUGGCAUGCCUCUGCCUUAGAAGGAAUUGGAAUAUGUUUGCUUCUUCUUUCGUUCUUAGAGGUACCCACAGCAAUCCCUUCAAUUGCCUUACAAGCUGCCAAUGUCAGCUCUCAUAGCAGUACACUUUCGUUUUCAGAUUCAACUGAUUCUCUCACACCAACAGCUUCUAAUUCAGGAGUUCUCCCUCCAUCUAUGUUUGAGUUUCUUCCGGAGCUUACCAACUCGUUGUUAAGAAUCUAUGCUCGUUCUCAAGGAUCUCAGGAAGAAAGCAUUCCCCAAAUUGUAUUUUGCGAAACUAUUUUACGAUUUGUCAACUUGCUUUCUAUCACACGUUUAUGUGGCGGUUGGAAUCCAGCUUCGCUAUCUGCUGUUGUACGCGGCACCCCUGUUAGUAAAAAUGUAACACCAGAUAGUCCCUCAAUUACGGCGAUCACCAGUUGGAUUAAUAGGGCAUAUGCAACAGAUCUCAGUUCUUUGCCUUUAAUUUCUCAAUGCAGCAUUUUUAGCGGAAUUGCAGUUAUUUACUCAAACAUUGGCCUUGUAAGAAAAAGGUCCUUCGUCAUGCGCGAAAUGCUUUUGACAAUCAUUCCACGACUGUCUAGGGUACGAUCUAUGCAGGCAGCAAGUUCUAGUGUUCACUCCGAAGGCUUUACAGAUGUUGAAAAACAGAUUGUCCAAUUGAUUGAUGGGGAGCGUGAGGGUGGUAUUGUGGAGCUUCUUGACAAUUUGUGUAAGGUGUAUGGCGCUGGCGACAUAACUUCAGUGGGCUAUGGAUGGAUUCAAUUGCGUGUCUCUUUUCUUAAAACAUGCUUAUUUAUGUGUGAAGCUAUACCAGAUUACAAUGGUAUCAUUCAUUUUGCAAGUCUUUUGUUGUCUACUGCUUCAGACGUUUUAUCUGCUAAUGAUCAAAUACAAAUUUACCAGAUAAUUCUUCGUGCUGUUGAUUCGGCCAGAAAACUUGGCCAUGUUCAUGUUAGUGCUGAUUAUUGGGAUCCCAAUAUUCUUCGAGACAUUAAGAUUGUUUCGACAACAUCUUCUAUUCUUCCACAAUUCCGUAACAAUACAGCAAUGUCUACUCAUGAUGACAGUGGCUUCUUUAUUCACAACCCAUUUGCAUCGAAAAAACCAGGGAGCAUUAACAAAAGCAGCCCCGAUCUUUUACAACAAAACCCCCAGCAACAACAGCCUCGAAUUUUAGUUCAAAAUGAACGUGCUGAUUUUCUUAUUAGACUUCAGAAUCCUUUUGCAUUUGACCUUCAUGUUCUUGAAAUUACACUUCUGACUCGUGAUGUUUCUGUUAGUGCCCGCUUGACCAGUUUAAAUAUUCCAGCAAACUCUAUUUCUGAUUAUACUAUUCCAGUUAUUCCCGAAGGUACUGGAACUUUAAAAAUUAUCGGUGCCUCUAUUCAAAUUGGUGCUUGUGCUAAAAAAGACUUUUUCCUUUCUGAAAAGCUUCCUUAUGUUGUAACUGAUAAGGUAGAGUCCGUGGGUAGCAGCUCUGGAAAGGGUCAUGGUCAAACUCAACAACUUGAUUUGGUUAAAAAUAUAAGUAUUGAUAUUGACAUAAUUUCUGCUCAGCCUGUCAUGGUUUUGAAAAAUAUUUCACUUAACCAAGGAUGGAUGAUGCUUUUGGAGGGCGAAAAACAACUACUCACAAUCACUUUGGCCAAUAUUUCCGAAAUUAAUGCCAACUAUGUUUCUUUAAAGUUUUCAGAUUCUACAACACCACCUCUGCAGGUAGCUCUUUCAAACAAGGAUCUCCCUCAAAAUGAAAUUUACGAGGUUGAAUACUUUUUGUACAAUAGGAAGGCCCUGCAAUGGAUUCAAGGUCCGGAAAAGCAAUCAUCAAACAUAACAGACUUAGCUGAUUUAUCACCUAUUGUUAAACAGACAAAACCUAGUUGUGUUUCGAGUCACAAUGCAAAAGUCUUUAACAUUUUAGUCCUUGGAAAGCGUGGAAUGAAUCAAGGUGCAAUUCAAGUGGAGUAUGCAAACCGUGAUAAUACUGAAGAUGAAUCAACACCUUUUUGGCUAAGAAUGUUGUCGAUACCAAUCAAUAUCACUGUUAACUCUAGUAUUGAGCUGGGUGGCUGUGACAUGAUGAGUCUUCGAGAUAAUCAGGUUUUUACUGACGAUCCUAGUGUUGUCUGCGCCAGUACUUUAUCAAAGUAUCUCAAUGUUUUAAAAGACAAGGGGAAACUUGCAGAGUAUUGUUUAUUGGUUGUUGAUCUUCGCAAUUCUUGGACUCAGUCUAUUGAAGUUACUCUUUGGAGCUCUCCUGAACCUCGUGAAAAUGACAGCUUUGAGGUAGAUGUUAUUCCUGCCAAUGGAAAAACUGAUGAAGAAGUGAAUUCCGACAGAUUUUUAGUUAAGGAGAUUAUUCAUGCAGGAAAAACUAGUCGUUUGCUUGUUCCUGUUAAAAGAGUUGAGUUUACUGAGCAAGAGCUUUCUCGUCCAAUUCCCAGUCUAAGCGUUAAUAAACGCCAGUUUGUUGUCAAUCCUAAUAUAAACCCGGAACGUGCACGCGCAACUCGCGAAAACUUUUGGUACCGAAACGUGCUUUUGUCAAUGCUUGGAGGUGCCUGGAGAGUUCUCAAUGGUACCCCUCGAUCUGGUAUUUUGGAACUUCGAGGCAUUCGUCUCACACGAAAGAUGAUUAGUAUAUUGAGAGUUGAAUCUGUGUCUCUUACCAUGUCUCUUGAGGUAGAUGGCUCUGCGAGUGGUAAUGACGUUCCUAUUAGUGACAAAGAUACCAAACAAUUGAAAUCUCAAUACGUUGUAAAGGCGGAAGAAGAUUACUUUACUCUUUAUACAACGAUCCAAAACAGAACCUCGCGGCCGAUUUCAGGUUAUCUUCGCGUGAUACCAAUGCAGCGCUACCCGGAUGUUCCUUAUCCUAACACUGGACUUUUGGCCAACGGCACUGUUUCCAAUGCUGAUUUCGAAAACUGGAAUAAUAUGGAUACAAAAAUUCUAUAUAAUGGUAGUCUUCAACAGGCCGUCUACAAUAUUGCACCCGGAAAACAAGUCAAGAUCGGAAUUGGAGCCAUGUUUCUUUCUCGUGGGGAGUAUGAAUUUUCAAGUGUAUUUGACGAGUUCAAUGUCGACAAGUACGAAGAAGAAGUUUGUGAAGAAAAGCUUAAUAAAGAUGUUGAUUCUCUUAGCAUUUCACAAGGACAAGAUGAUUAUACUCUUGACGAUAAGUUUACGUCACAACAGCAUGAACAGCGUGAUCCAGUGUAUAUUCAUGUUGUAUAA